AUGCACACACUAUUCAUCGCCUGUGUUCUUCCUUCAGCGGUAUCAGGGGCUCUACGUCGUCUCCAAGUCAGCACUACCACCUCGGUUCCCGCGACUACAGUCCCGCCUACCACGAUUGAUGCUCCAACUUUGCAGAGCACCUGUGAUAUCUACUGCCAGGGGCUUAAUGGGGGUGCUUCUUACUGUAAACUUGAUCUUAGCCCACCCACGUGCCAGGGAGGCGAUCAGCCUUGUGGUACAAUAGCUAUCUGUGGUCCCGCUAUCACCGUAACACCGACUGACGUAGUACCAACUGGUGAUGGAACGUAUGAGCCUGCCUGUGACACGAUGUGCCAGAGUCUCAAUGAUGAGGCUUCAUACUGCAAGUGGUGGCUUCCUCGCCCUACUUGUCUUGGUGGCGAUCAACCAUGUGGUGAUCAAACUGUAUGCACCUCCCAGACGUGGCCUCCUGCUCCCACACCUUCUCUCCCAGCGGGUGCGCACCCCUACGAGUCUGCCCCCUGCAACGCCUACUGCGUCGGUCUCAAUGGGCCAACUUCGUACUGUAAGUGGUGGAAGAACGAGCCUGUCUGUCAGGGUGGCGAUCAAUCUUGUGGCCCAUCGGAUUGUCCCACCGGCACUCCUGCUCCCACCGAAGGUCCUCCUGAUGCACAUGUUGGUCCCAGCUCCAACUGCGAUGCUUACUGUACCGCUAUUAAUCCUGACCUUUCUUUUGAUCGCGUGUCGUACUGCAAGUGGUGGCUCCACGUGCCUGUCUGUUACGAUGGUGAUCAGCCUUGUGGUCCGAGCGUCUGCAGCAACUUCGGUGAGACUACAACCCCGACUACAUCGAUCCCAUCUGUGACGCCGACUACCCAGGCUACUACUAUUUCCUCUGCGACAUCUCAGAUUGUCACCACGCAGUCGGCCACUACUUUGACUCCUACAACUCAGGUUGUUACUACUGUGACUCCUACAACUCAGGCUGUUACCACUGUGCCUCCUACAACUCAGGCUAUUACCACUGUGCCUCCUACAACUCAGGCUAUUACCACUGUGCCUCCUACUACUCAGGCUGUUACCACUGUGCCUCCUACUACUCAGGCUGUUACCACUGUGGCUCCUACAACUCAGGCUGUCACCACUGCGACUCCUACCACACAAGCGGGAACUACUGUGGCUCUUACAACUCAGGCUGUUACCACUGUGGCUCCUACUACUCAGGCUGCUACCACUGUGGCUGCUACUACUCAGGCUGCUACCACUGUGGCUGCUACUACUCAGGCUGUUACCACUGUGGCUCCUACUACUCAGGCUGUUACCACUGUGGCUCCUACUACUCAGGCUGUUACUUCUGUCGCUCCCACAACUCAGGCUGUUACCACUGCGGCUCCUACCACACAAGUCGGAACUACUCUAGCUCCCACGACUCGGGCUAUUACAACAGUUGUUCCUACUACUCAGAGAGCCACUACUGCGGCCACUACUGCGGAUACUACUGCUCAAGUGGUUACUACACAAGCCCAACCCUAG